AGUGACAUUCACCACGUUAUUCCUAGGCAUAUUCUUCUCUAAACCAAUAUACGAUUUAUGUUUUAGAGAGCUAGACCCCAUCGACACUAGCGAACCCCCUACCACAUUUAAUCCUAAGAGAAACGUUACUACUUCAUAAGGUAUGGAAGCGGUAUCAAAAGCAAAAGAAAGAUUUGCUAAAUAUCCGCUUAUUUAUUCGAAAUGUUCUAAGCAAGGUAUGCUUUACGCUCGCUGCGUACUUUUAAAGGAAGAUACAGUAAAAAAGAACGACUGCGCUAAAGAGUUUCAAGAAUUUAAAACUUGCUUACAAAACGCUGCAAAGACGUUAAAAACGAGAAUUUAA